CUUAACUACGAGAUGCCAGAAGGUGGCGCCGAUAAUAAUUUCCACGUUGAUCGGCAGCGCGGCAUUGUCACCACACGCGGACAAUUUGAUCGCGAAACGAAAGCGCGUUACACGAUACCAAUCUACGUAUAUGACACAAAUAAUGCCGCUACAACAAUCGCUGCCACGUACGCAAGCACCUCAGGAUUUGCCACGACGGCAAGCAACACUGUCACCGCGUCCCCAAUACCCGAAUCGGCAGUGCCUUUCGCAGCGACAGCCGCGACAUCAAGUGGACAAUUUGACAUUGCCACAAUAAUCAUCACAAUCACCGACGUUAAUGAUCAUGCGCCUGAAUUUCGUCAGGGUACUUGUUAUCCGCUCUCCGUACCGGAAAACAAUGAUUUAGUGGUUAUACACACGGUGGUGGCGACGGAUCUCGACGAGUGCGCAAAUGGCGAAAUAAUUUACAGCAUUAUUGAGCUCGCAAAUAACUGUUGACACAUUUUUCCAAUGCUGUAUGCUCACUAACAAAACCGGAAAAAAUGAAGCACACUCGGUCUUUUACUGAGCAGAACACUUUUCCCUCUUCGCGCGUGUUACCUGUUUUGUGUUUUCGGUUGAGUAAAGCCAAUGAAUCUGUCUUAAAAUAACAACUUAAAAAGCUGCAACUGAGCAAAACAAAAGAAGUGCAUUGACAAUAUUUUUUGCUUCCGAUACGUUAUUAUCGGCGCGAUAUUUUUUGGAUGAUAAUAUCAGAUAUCGAUAUUUUACGCAGAAAUAUCGCCUGGUUAUCAGAAAAAAUAAUUGUAUACUUUAGCUUACAACAUAACCAUACUUUUUAUAUUUAUAUGAUUAAUUUUUUACGUCGGUUCAACAAACGUUAAUACAUAUACCCUCGAGGUCAGCUGAAUAAGUUAAGUGACAUGUUUACCAGUUUGGCUAUUUUUCUUUUGUUUAUUUAAUUUUUAUAAUUUUUUUAUAGAAGUUUAGCACAUUAA